AUGGGAUUCAAAGUUUUGAAAUGGAACUAUUUUAAACUAGAGCCUUCCCAAAUAGGAAAAUUGUUUGAACAAGUUAUUUCAAGGAAAAUUGUUGAUUUCUAUAAAUACAAUGAAUUUAGUAAUCAUGAAAAGAUUUCAAAGGAAAAACAUGAGUUGGUAUAUAAGUAUAAGGUAUAUAAGUCUAAAUGGAGAGACUCAAUUGUUGCUCUUAAAUGUUUCACUUCAAACGAUAAAUAUUUAAACAAAAAGGUUGUUGAUGAGCUUGAUGUAAAGAACAAAUUAUCCAAAACACUAAAAAACAUUAAAGUUAAUACUAUGAUUCCGUUCUAG